AUGUCUCUCCCAACGCCAAUGCCCUUCAAAAUCAACAUCUCUGAAUCUCUUCUCUCAUUCAUAAGCCAUCGUGUAUCAACUGCUCGGAUCCCCUCCGGCUUCGACCAUCUUCCAGGCGAAGAAUGGGCCUACGGGCCACCUCCAUCAGUCAUGGCCCAUCUGAAAGAAUACUGGACGAAUACGUACGAUUGGCGUGCAGUAGAAGCGCGAAUCAAUGGCCAUUUGACCAUGUUCACGUUACCCAUCAAGGAAGGGAGUGAUGAGAUUGAGAUGCAUUUUGUGCAUCAUAGGUCGGAAAGAGAGGGUGCCAUUCCCUUGCUUUUUCAACAUGGAUGGCCGGGUAGUUUUCUCGAGGUCGACAAAAUUAUCGAUCUGCUUACCACACCCUCGGACCCAACGGCUCAAGCAUACCAUGUGGUAGCCCCAUCCAUCCCAGGCUUCACCUUCUCUUCUGCUCCCAAAUCACCCGGUUUCAAUCUCAAGAAUAUGGCAUCUAUAAACAACAACCUCAUGCACUCCCUUGGCUACUUUAAGUAUAUGGUCCAAGGAGGUGAUUGGGGUUCCAUGAUUGCUCGUGUCAUGGUCAAUGAUUAUCCGGAGAGCUGUAUAGCUAUUCAUGUCAACAUGCUUCUUGCUUCGCCUCCGGUCUGGUAUAAGCAGCCUUUGAGUUGGUUGCAAUUUCUAACUUGGGCUACUUGGACUGCUGGGAAUGAGAAUGGAAUGUUGGGAAGGGCAAUGUGGUGGAUGAAAAAAGAGGGCGGCUACAUGGAGAUUCAAGGCACAAAACCUCAAACUAUCUCCUACGCCCUUGCCGACUCACCAUUCGGAAUGUUGGCAUGGAUCAGAGAUAAAUUGGAACAUUUGAUAGACGACGAUUUCACCUUUGAUGAUGAGACUGCCAUCACAUGGGCAAUGCUCUAUAUAAUCCCCCAAAACUCUGCCCACGCACAUAUCUACACCAACUUCAAAGGUGAAAAGCAAUCAGAGCUUCACACCUACCUGCUCAGCAAAAAGAUCCCCUCAAACGUUGACUUUGGCGUCUCGAUUUUCCCGAAAGAAGUAUCCAACGUCCCCCGCUUCUGGGCCGAAGCUUGUCUAGGUAAAAAAAUUGUUUUCUGGAAAGAGCAUGCGAAGGGUGGGCAUUUCCCUGCUGUAGAACGCCCAGAGGUGUUGGUGGAGGAUGUAAGGGCGUUUACCAAGGCUGUGGAGAAGGGAAGGAUGGCAGAGUUGAGGAGUGUGGGGAAGCUAAACAGGUCGUGA